AUGAGCCAGCAAUGUGCCACUGCUGCCAAAAGAGCCAGUGCAGUUUGGGCUGCAUCGACGGGGGGGGAGUGUCAGGACCCCGGGAAGCGGCUGUUCCGCUCUGGUCAGACGCGCCUGGAGCCCCGUGCCCAGUUCUGGCCACCGCCCUGCAGAAAGGACGCGGAGGAACUGGAAGAGUGCCGAGAGGAGCCCCUGGAGGGUGAGGGGCUUGGGGCCAAAUCCCACAAAGAGCACUUCCACCCGCCGGAAACCCUUCCAGAAGGCUUCCAAACCCGUCACUUAGUGAUACUGCUCUUCUCUGCGCUCUUUCUGGAUUCCCAGUCGCUGGACAGCUGCAUCCAGAAUAUCCUCUCGGCACUUUAUCCUCCCUUUGAGAUCACAUCAGCCACAGUCCUCUGUCAGGUCUUCGAUGUGGUGGAGAAGACGUACAGCGGGGAUGGCUUGCACUACCUCCUCGACUUCCUGAUUCCAGCCAAGCACAUCUUGCAGUGGGUCCAGCAGGAUGCUUGUGUUCAGUAUUAUGGUUUGCUCUUCCGGCAUGAGGGCUGGCCCCUUUGCAUUCACGAGAAGAUUGUAAUCCAGCUGGGUUCUCUCAACUGGCGGAUCUUGAGACCAGGGGACUUUUACCUGCAAGUGGUUCCAUACUUGAAAAAGUCUCCACGGAUCAUAGUGAAGUGUUUGGCUGAGGACAAACAUAACGUGGAGGAGCUUGUGGUACCUGAGGCCUCUUACACCUCUGUCUUCACUGUGGAAUGGCUGAACUCCAUCAACAGAAAGCGGCUGGGAACCGUAUUGGAAAACUGCUUGUUAGCCACGGAGGAUGAAAUAUUCCGAGUACCUUGGGACAAAAUAGUCAAUCCAGAAUUUAUCAAUAAGUCCCAAACAAUUGAAAAAAAUAAAAAUGCACAUUUUACCCUAGUGACUGAGAAGUCUCCUGCUCUGGACUUUCCAGUGGAAGAGCCCCAAAGCAGCUGUCUUUCAGUGGGAUCUGACAUUUUUCAUGAGACCAACUCAUUUACAACCAUAAUGAAGGAGCCUGCUGAUAAGGAAUGUAGAAGCCCAGAGCUUGGGAAGGACUGUGAAAGUGAUCUGGAAGGAGAGUGUGUGGACUUGACAGAUGCCUCAUUGCCUACAUUUGGGCCCCGCGAAGGAUCUUUAACUCAGCCCAGCACAUUCCAUUGGCUGAAAGCCAAGGACAGUCAGAACAAUAGUCCUUGCUGGGGAAAUUGUGCUGGUUCAGCUCUUGCAUCAAUGCCAUCUGGGCAGCUGAAGACUUCUGACAUGCAGACAACUAAUGUUGCAUGUUCUGUAAAUAAUGGAACACAAAGUGACAAAUUAUUCCUGAAACAUCCUGGAGAUCCAGAGAAACUUCCAGCCUCUUUGAUUCCCACUAUCAUUAAGGAGCUACCUUCUGCCAAGACCUUACAGGCACAUCCGGAACAUGAGCUUGAUUGGAGGUAUGCCAUGUGCAGUUACAAGGAUGGAGAGGAUGCCGAAUGUCAGACUCCAGAGACAGGGGCUUCCGACACAACAGGAGGCAGCUCAGAGUUACCCAAGUCUUCCUCAUCCUGUCCUGAUCUUUUGGGUGUAGCCAGAAUGGGCAGCAGUUUUCUGACAGAGUGGGAGAGGAGUAGCUGCAAGGAGGAUUCUGACAGCUCUAAACUAAGGCUGGAGAAAAAUGCAUUUUCUCCAACCAUAACCAAAUCAUCACAGGUGGGAUCCUUUUCAAGUAUGAGAGUAGCUGACAACCACUCCUCACAGAAACAGUCAGCAGAAGUUAAAGGUCAGUGCUCUGAAUGGUUAGAACAACUACAUCUUCUAGAGCAGAUGGAAGGGACGCAAGUAGACCAGUUAACAGAGUUGGGCAAUAGAAUAAGCAUGGAGGGAAAUCACCAAUGGCAGACUAAACAAAUGCUCCCUAAGAAUGAGUGGCAACUUAGUUCUGGAGACCCUUUAAUCCUGAAAAGGCAGUCAGAAAGAUCCUUUUCCUGGAAGGCAGGGCAAGAAAAUGUGGACUGUUGUCAACAGCAAGUGGAAGACAGUAUUCUGCUUCCUGGUUCUGAGGCAGUGCUGAAUAGCCCAAGAACAAAGCUGAAAGAAAACAGCAACAGUCCUUUAGCAGAAAUAGUUGGACGUGCAGAGGGCACUUGCAGCAACAUUGACCAAGACAAUGCUGCAGCAUGUUGUGUGGAUCACCCAUGUCUGUCAAGCACACCAAAUACUUUGUUGAUAGGAAUUUCCAAGAAGGUGGAAAGCUUGACACUGCAAAGAGGACAGGGCAGCCAAGCUCCUUCCCCAAAAGAGGAGUCAGGCAAGUGGGCCUUCCUGAAAGUUGGACCCAAAUCUAUCCUUGAAACUCAACCCAAUGAACCAGAGAUGAACUCCAUAGCAUCCCCACUCCCAGCAUUACUACCGGCUGUGAAGUUGCCAGAUUACACCAAGCAUAUCUCAGAUGGGGAUCAGAUCACAGAAACAUCAUUGAAUGGGACAGAAAAUGCUAAUGAAGGAACUGGCAACAGUAGCUUGGUACUGACCACUCCUUGUGGCUCUGGAGAAAAAGACCUACCCUUGGCUGUGCAACCAGAACUCCCAUUCUUUCCAUCCAGUGGAAUUCUGGAAACAGCCCCCUUGCCAAUGCAGAGUGUGAAUUGGGAGAUGCUUCGGAGUGGGGUUGCGUGCCUGCCAGGUACCAGAGACAAAUACGGACAUGCGGUGGUCAUCAUCACAAUGAGGAAUACAUUUUGGGUAUGCCCGGACUGCAAUGCCAGCGAACUAACACGUCUUCUCCUGUAUUUCUACAGCAUUCUCAGGUCGGAGUGCAAAGCCUUGGGCUUAACUGUCCUGAUAGAUGCCCGGCAGUGUUCUCCAGUCCCAGCUCUCUUUACAGCUUUAGACACCUUGCAGGAUACCAUCCCACACUGCAUCCAUAGAGCCCUGCUGCUUGUGGAGAAAGAUCACACCUUCCAGAUAGAAAAGCCAGCUUCUGUGCAG